GUAGUUCAAAAGCAUGUCCCGUUUUGUUUUCAUUUUCACAUUUCAGUUUUUGGAGAAAUUUUUUACAAUUUAGGACAGAUGUGGUUUAGUUUAGUGCGUAAACAUGUAUUUAUUAAGCGACAUACACUUUUGGAGUACAUUUGAGGACAUUAUAAUAAAACAUGUAGAUUUUUCCGCCUUUAAAUACUUUACACGUAAAGAAUCUAACGAUCAGUUAUUGUAUAGGAGUAAGAAAAGUUAUUGCGAAGGACGAGGUAUCAUUUGGCAUCCUAAUAACAAGCGUCCAUUUAAGGUGAAAGAUCGUUUGAAAGAAUUAGAAGAAUGUCUACUACAAACUAAGGUAAUCUGUACCUCUUGUGCGGGAAAUAACUUUCAACUUCUUCUGGCCAACGGUUUACUAGUGGACAUUACCGUUGACCCGACCACUUGUGACAUUACAAAUAUAUCAUUUAACAAAUCACUAGCUGCAAAAGUACAAACGGAAUUGAUCUGCCACGGUAGAAUUGACAAAGAGCAAAUCGCAUGCAUAAGCACUGACGGACGUGUGUUUUGUCAGGGGGGCAUGUGGCGCGAGGGCUGGGUUAUCGAGAGUGGCGCUAAGAAAAAAAUUGACCUGCAUAAUGAGCUGCUGUGCGUGUGGGGAGGCGUCAAUGCGGAAAAACCGCAACCUUGGAGUCCCUUGGCAAAAGAUCACCAACGUGCCAAUUUACUGCUGUAUUGGGUUGGAAGUAGGGGGCCCGAAUUGUUCGCCUAUAAAAAAACUGAAGGCGAUCCCAUUAGUGUUAUUAUCAGUAAGGUGCUUAGCAAGAGCUUAAUUUCGGUCGAACAGAAAGUUUCUUUGAGAGGGGCGGUGUCAAUUGAAGUAAAUGUUUUGGAGGUAACCGCCAACGUGUUGAAGAGAACGUCGGUCAUUUCUGUACCUCUCCAAACUCAAAUUAGUUGUUGUUCCUUAAGUAACAAUGAAGGUCGACUGCUGCUGGGCUGCAUCGAUGGUUCAGUCGCCUUGCUCGAUCGUAUCAGUGGUGCCACUCAAAUAAUUAAAAGUUCAAUUAUACCUACACACGCAAUUUGGCACACUUACGAUGCGAUAGCGGCCAUAUCUAACGAAAAGGGACAGCUGCAAUAUUUUGAUACCGCCUUAAAUCGCAUUAACACACAAUUUAAUGCGGACGAAGGUAUUUCGAUACCGUUGCUGGAUUUAUCGAGCUAUUUCAACUUGCAACCGAACAUAUCCACGAUUAAGUGGGGGAGAUGCGGCAUUAUGGUUAUUUUCGAACACGGGCCUUUAGCCAUCGUGACACACUUGGACAAAGGUCUCACAUUCGCUUCGUUAGUUCAGCAGUACAUGAAAACCGGCAAGAUUAAGAAAGCGAUCUCUCUGUUGCUAUCGUGGGAUUGGGACGAGCAAUUUUAUGCCGUAUUACAGUUUAUAAUUUUGUCCCUUCUGAAAUCUCCAUUAACCGAGGAAAGUUCUGAGAGCUUACAGAAGGCACUAAGUUGCUUUUAUAGUCCGAUAGUGCGACUUGAUAGCGAGAUAAAGGAUAAAUACGAAGGACGGAUUUUAGCUUUGACACGGCGGUUUUUCCAUCAAUUGGUGCGAUAUAAAAUGUUCGAGACCGCCUUUCUUUUGGCGGUCGAUAUAGGCCAUCACGAUCUGUUUAUGGAUCUUUAUUAUUGUGCAAUAAAAAUGAAUGAGAAAGAAAUGGCCGCUGCUGCUCGUGCACAUGCGUCUGCUAUACUGAGUAGAUGUUCGAGUGAAGGCUCCUGCUGUUCUCAAUCGUCAUGUUCCCAAUGUUCGGAGACCUACACAGAUGAGAGUAACGAAAGUGAGAAACUUCAAACUGCUCACGAACACAUUUCCGCCUUCACCACUAAUAGUGACUACCUGACAACGAACUUUAACGAAUGUGCACCGAACACUUACAAUGAAUCUCUAACAAAAAAAUUUCCACAACCGCCACGACUGUUGCAAAACUUCAACGAAAUCCAAGCCCCACCUUUACCAAUAGCACCUACGUUUACCGCCCAAUACUCACUACCUAGUCGACUUAUACCGCCCCGUCCCUUAAUUCCGAAACCUCAGGUGAGCAGAGAGCGCAUGUGGACGUACAAUCCCCCGCUUCCACCAAUUCAAACUGCGGCCCCUCCCGCCCCAUCCGCCUCUCAACCGACCCAGCAAGCGAGCAGUAAGAAGCAGCAGGCGAAAGUCAAGUUUUCGGAUACCGUGACCGCCUUCAUCGUUCCCGAAAUUAAACGACCGCCCAGACCUCCACCGCCACCUCACAUAACUAAUCCGCAACGCGAACUUGCCGAUAGUCUACCCUUGUGUCAUCCGAACGAAGACUACUUAAAAGAUUUUACCCCCGUUCGACACGAAUCGGACGAUACAAUUACAAAGCCUAAGAUUAAAGUUGUUCAUUUUGGUGUUGUUUAAUACGCAUUUAUAUUUUUUUAUAUAUUAUACAGAAUAUUUUUAUA